ACAUGUAGUCAGUGAAAAUAAUUGUUUCGUAAAAAAAAAGAAUUUGACUAGAUUUACUCAAUUUGACCCAUUUUUUCAGAUGCAUUAUAAUCAAACAUAAUAAUCUUUACCUAGCUGCAACAUGCCAGCCGUAGAGACAAUGAAUAGAGGCCUGAUGGGCCAACAUGGCCCUACAGAUACCUCGGGAUUGCUCAUAGAAACCAUGCAAAUAGAAGAACCCAGGAAAUCUCAGCAUGUACCCAACCAUGUUCUGGAAACGAAAAUAUACACAAAAAUUGCCCAGAACUCAAUGGUGCUUGCCAAGCCAUCAGUGAUACAUUUUGGAGGUUUUGAGGUUGACAAGAAACAUACUUUGUCCUUGAGCAUAGUAAAUGUUUCAACAGAAGUUAUUAGAAUGCAUGUCAUACCUCCGCAGACAAAAUACUUCUAUAUCAAAUAUACCAAAAAUGAAAGAUUGGUUCCAGGACUGACAUUAGACUGUACCAUUGAGUUUACACCUGAUGAAUGGAGAUAUUAUUAUGACUGUAUUAGAAUUAACUGCCCUGGGGAAGAAAAUCUUGUCAUUCCUAUACAUGCUUACCCUGUGAUGAGUACCAAAGAUUUCCCACAGCUGUUCAAUUUUCCACCAGUCCCUGUUGGUCAUAAAAUGACCAAGGUGUUCCCAUUGCGAUGUGAAGCACCAAUAGAUUUUGAGUUUCAGUUGACAUACCUACAGCCUCAUCAAGCAUUCACUGUUAAUCCAAUGUCAGGUAUUAUUCCUGCUAAUGGGGAGACAGAGGUUGCUGUCACUUUUUGUCCAAUUGAAUUUCACACAGCAUAUAUGAGAAUACAGUUGGUUAUUUCACAGUUCAACUCUAACCCGAUUGUGUGUACUUUUACUGGAACUUCUGUACCUGGAUUGCUCAAGGAUGAAACAUUAAAGUAUUCCUUCCAGUAUGGCGAAGGAUCUGAGGAGUCCCUAUUAGAUCCACGUAGCUUGACACCUGUAGAACGAGCUCGAAGAAAAAAGAAAAAGCUCUCCCUUCCCCCUCCCACAAAUGUCAAACAGGAAGUUGAAUAUCAAGGUGUAAAAUUUCCAGUUGAUCUAAAUAAUCCAUAUGCUGUGUCUCAAGUACUGAAUCAGGAGCCAGGCAAACUAAGGGCAAAGGAUCUCAGAGAUGUUGUUGUCACUAAAGAUUCUAAGCCAAAAGCUGCAACACGACAAAUGAAGAUCCGACAUGGUUUACAAGUGUUUCAGCUCCGUACCUUUGCUGGGACGAGUGCCGAUUUUAACUUGUUGUCCUUCUACCACGGUAUUACAGGAGGCCACAGUUCAAAUUGCCGCUGGCACAAGAGGAGUAUAUGGAUAGGGGGUGAUGUUGUAAGGGGAAUAAUGACAUGGAAAGAAAUUCCAUCACAGGGUCUUACCUCCCUUAGUAACACACCUACACUAGACAAAAUGUCUGGGGUCCCAAGAUGGGAUGAUCCCUUUGGUGAGGAGUUGUUACCUCAAGAUGUUCCUGCACUUCUUGAUAGCCUCCCAGAAGAUGAUGGUGACAAUAUUGUUGACGAUGAGGAGGAGGAUGGUAGAAGCACAUCACGUAUGUCUGUGGCCUUGACCCCUGACAUGGUCAAUGCUCAAUUUCAGAUGAUUGACCCCUCAACACCAGCAGACGAGAAGGUCCAGGUGGAUGCUUUCCCACAUGGAAACAAAAUGCCAGCUUCAAACAUUCCAGUAUCAUCAUAUGGUCCAGUACCUAGGGAGAAAAGGGAAGAAGAGCUAGAAUAUUUUAUGACAAAGAAAUACAAUCGUCUAGGAGCCAAGAUACAGUCUAGAAUCAACACCCUUAACACACUGUCCACUGAUUCUAAACUUGUGCUUAAAUAAAUAAACAUUUGUUAAGUUUGUUAUCAUUGACUUUAGAG